GCUAGAUAGGCUUGCAGGUAAUCCGGAGAACGGUAGGGCGCCAGGAUCUUUUCGAGUGGGAAAGAUUCUCAGCUUUCUGGACACAUUGUAGUGCUUAUUAUACAAGAUUCAAACUUAUAUAAUGGCAGGCAUGGUAAACUUUUAAUUCAUGACGGUGGAAAUGUUAAACUAUAUACAAUGUUGUAAGGCAGGUCAAGUUCUAGUACGAACGUAAAGACACGAAAGUGUAAAGAGGAAGUGAAUAUUGUUUAAUAAUACAUCUUCUUAUCAUACACUCGGAGGGGGAAGCCAAACAAAAAAAUUAUAUAAUUUGCAAUUUGGCUUGAAAUUCAGCAGUAAGUUUGUGUCUAGUAUUGAGAGCAGAAAUGAGCGAGACGACUGGCAAGGUUAUCACAUGCAAAGCAGCCGUGGCUUGGGAGCCCAAAAAGCCACUUUCGCUGGAAACCAUUGAGGUGGCUCCACCGAAAGCCGGUGAAAUUCGUGUCAAGGUUGUGGCCACCGGUGUGUGUCACUCGGAUGCAAGUUUUCUGGCUGGGUUCGAUCCAGAUAUUGUCUUCCCGGUCGUAUUUGGCCACGAAGGGGCUGGCAUUGUGGAGAGUGUCGGUGAAGGUGUAACAAAGUUCAAACCAGGAGACCAUGUGAUCCCUCUGUUCAUUCCGCAGUGCUUUGAGUGCAAGCCCUGCAAAAGCUCCAACACGAACCUUUGCGUGAAAACUCGUAUCAAUGCCGGAACUAUGUCCGAUGGUACAACACGGUUCACUUGCAAUGGAAAACAAAUAUUCCAUUGUAUGAGUACUUCGACGUUUACCGAGUACACCGUUGUAGAGGAAGACUAUUUGUGCAAGAUUGACGAAUCUGCACCACUGGACAAAGUCUGUCUGUUGGGGUGUGGAAUUUCGACGGGCUACGGAACUGCCCUGAAUUCCGCCAAAGUUAGUGAAGGAAGCAGCUGUGCUGUGUGGGGACUUGGGACUGUUGGGUUAGCCGCGGUAAUGGGUUGUAAAGCGGCGGGAGCUACCAGAAUCAUUGGAAUCGAUAUUAAUCCUGAAAAGUUUGAAACUGCUAAACAGUUUGGUUGUACGGAGUUUGUCAAUCCUAAAGAUUAUGACAAACCUAUACAACAGGUGCUUAUUGAAAAGACAGAAGGGGGGUUAGAUUAUACGAUUGAAUGCGUAGGUAGUACAGUCACAAUGCGUGCUGCCCUCGAGUCGACUGCUCCUGGUUGGGGAGUAUCGGUUAUCGUUGGAUUAGCAGAGUACGAACGUGAAAUUUCUACACGUCCAAUGGAAAUGCUAUUUGGUAGGACAUGGAAGGGCGCUAUUUUCGGUGGAUGGAAGAGUGUGCAAUGUAUACCCGAGCUUGUUAACAAAUACAUGAAAAAGGAAUUAAUGUUAGAUGAGUUUAUUACCCAUACUAUGUCAAUCGAUGAAAUCAACGAAGCGUUCAAACUUAUGCGCGAAGGAAAAAGCAUUCGUUCAGUUAUAAUAUACUGAUUACCCUCUGAUUACAUACCUGACAUUAUAUAUGGUGAACUUGUUGUAAAUAAAUAUAAACAAUUUUUUUUGAAAAUUUGUUUUUUUUUAUUACGUUAAUAAGCCCGUUCCAAAUACUUAUUUGAAAUUAUGUCUUACUGGAUACCGAAAGAUC